AUGGAGAUACUAGGUUUGACAGACAUACCUGUGCCGAUCCUUGUGCUUACUUUGUUGUUUUUCUCACUUUAUUUAUACACCGCAUGGAAGCAUUCGUUAUGGAGAAGGUUGGGGUAUCCAGGACCGAUACCAUUUCCUUUUCUUGGUAACCUUAAAGACAUGGCCCUUAAGGGAGUUAGCAAGAAUGACCAAGACUUAGUUCCAAAGUAUGGUUGUGUUGUAGGCAUAUAUAAUGGCACAAUCCCUGUACUAUUAGUUACGGAUCCAGAUUUAAUCAAAGAAAUAUUCAUCAGAGAAUCCCAGACAUUUACGAAUCGUGUAGUUAUUUUUCCUGUCGAUGAAGUGCUCGACAGCAUGAUUUCUGUCUCGGAAGAUGAACACUGGAAAUUCAUAAGAAGCAUAAUGCAACCAACAUAUACUUCAGGAAAGCUGAAAAAUAUUCUACCAACAGUACAGAAGUCUUGUGAUGACCUUGUAAAUAUAAUUGCGCAGGGAGUUAGAGGUGGUGACGUCAUAGAAGUUAAAAAAAUUUGCGGUGGAUUUACGAUGGAUGUGAUUUGUAGCACAGCUUUUGGUCUUAACACGAACUCGCUCAAAGAACCCGACAACGAUUUUGUGGCCUACUCACAAGGGAUACUUACGUCUGAUCUUGUUAGGCCAUACCUUCUCACAUGUAUGGUAUUUCCGUUUUUGAAGAAUGUGAUGGGAUACCUUUUCAAGGUCCCAAAAUUUGGACGAGGUGUUGAAGAGUUUUUCAGAAACGUGGUGUCCCAGAUUAUGGCGGAGAGAAAGAUAAACAAUAAUAUCAAUUUUCGAGACUUUAUUCAGUCAAUGAUAACAGCUCAAAACGUCAAACCUAAAAGCAGUGCACUGCAAACAGAUAACGGAGAAGAGAUUUUCUCUGCAUAUAAGAAUAAAGGAAUGACUGAAAAUGAAAUAGUAAUGAAUUCGAUGAUUUUCUUUGGAGCUGGGUAUGAUCUUACAUCUAAUACGCUAAUGUUUGCUGUCUAUGAACUAGCCUUACAUACAGAAAUACAGGAGAAACUAUUUGAAGAAAUAAAUAAUGAAAUAGGAAAGGAGGCACCACCAUAUGAAUCUCUUUCAAGCUUACAAUACCUCGAUAUGUUCUUGUCCGAAGUUCUCCGUCUUCAUGCAGCUUUUCACAGGAUCAACCGACAUACAAAGAAUGAUAUAACAGUUAAUGGCAUGUUUAUACCUAAAGGAACAGACGUUACGAUACCAAUAUCUGCCCUUCACAGGAUUUCACAGUACUGGCCAGACCCAGACAAAUUUGAUCCUCAAAGGUUCACACAAGAAAACAAAGCGAAGAGACCAAUGUAUAGCUACUUACCUUUCGGACUUGGACCACGUGUUUGUGUAGGAAUGAGAUUAGUUGUCAUGGAAACAAAGAUGGCCCUCAUAGCAAUGAUACAGAAUUUUAAAUAUUUCUCAUGUUCCAAAACGGAGAUACCAAUACCACUGGAAAAGGGACUUCUGGCAAGACCACUGAAUGGAGUAUAUCUUAGAGUAGAGAAAAGAUAGAGUUAUAAAACAACGAGAAUGUUAGCACUUCUUAUCUAUUGUAUCUUUUUUAUCAUACAAGUGCA